GUUGCUCCAACAUGACUACUUACAGCCAUAGAAUAUUGCUGAGCCAGAGGUUACGACUGUGUCUUGAUUAAUUUCAGAGUUUAUCAACUGGGUUGGGUAGGUUACUUUCUAACGGUCACAAUUACCUGUCCAAAAUUGUAAUCAAUAACAUAACUUUUGGAUUAGCCAAACUCAGUAACGUAAUCUGAUUACUUUGUAAUCAGCGAGGAAGCAAGCAAAUGGCCAUAAACAGAACACAUACACUCCCUCCCGCGGAGAUACUGUAGAAGGAGAGAGAGAGAGAGAGAGGGAGAGAGAGAGGGAGAGGGAGAGAGAGAGAGAGAGAAAGAGAGCGAGAGCAUUUUUACUUGGACAACUUGUGAACAUCGCAAGUGCAUUCAUCCAGAUCAACUGCUGAAAGGAGCAUGAUUUAAUUCCAGGAAGAAGCUUGUUGAAGACAGCAAAGAUGAUUGCCACUACUCAACAGAACAUGGGCACGGACCUGGACAUGCACGCUUCAGCCGGUCCACCUCGGAACUGGAAGGGCAUUGCAAUCGCCAUGAUGGUGAUCGUUGGUGUUCUAUCACUGGUCAGCCUUUCAGUCAUCAUGCUCACACCUGAUGAGUCUCACCUGUUUCUGCGAUCCCGUCUCACCAUGGAGGAUCUGGAAAGUGAGAAGUAUACAGUUCACGACCCCUGUGUGACCUGGUUGGAUGAGAAUGAGGUUGCGCUCAGAACCAGAGAGGGUCAUGUCCUGUCCUACAGCCUCCACUCCAACAUCACAGCUACCCUGCUGGACAACAGCUCUUUAGAUUUGACUUACACAAAGUUCCAUGUGUCUGCAGACAAGAGGUUUGUCCUGUUGGCAUACAACAUUCAACCGAUUUUCUCUCAGUCCUUCACAGCCUCUUAUGCCAUCUACAAUGUGGCUAAAGGGGUUCUGUUGGAGCUUAACCCUCCAGCGGGGGAGAAGGCAUUGAUACAGUAUGCAGCCUGGGGACUGCAGGGGAACCAGCUGGCCUAUGUGUUUGAAGGCGAUAUCUAUUACCAGACAGAAGUGACCAGUAAACCUCUCCGCCUCACAGCUACAGGCAGAGAGGGGCUGGUGAUCAACGGGCUGAGUGACUGGAUUUACGAGGAGGAAGUGCUCUUGACUUUCUCUGCCAACUGGUGGUCGAAAGAUGGAGCUCGCUUGGCAUACCUCACCAUCAACAACUCUGCCACACCGCUAAUGGAGAUACCUCACUUCUUGGGCGGGGUCUAUCCCUCCAAUGUGUUCUUUCCUUACCCCAAGGCUGGCUCCACCAUCCCCACUGUCAGUCUGUUUGUGGUGAAUCUCUAUGGUCCAGCUCACACUCUAGAGAUGAUCCCUCCAGACUCUGUCAGGGCCAGAGACCGCUACAUCUCCAUGGUGACAUGGAUCAGCAGUACUCAGUUGGUGGUACGUUGGUUGAACCGGGCCCAGAACCAAUCAGAGCUCUGUGUGUGUGAGGCCACCACUGGGGCAUGCUCAAAGAAACACACAAUGGUCAUGGACUUAAUGCAAAACCAACGACAGGAGGUGCCAUUGUUUUCAUCUGAUGGCUCUUGGUUUUAUUUGACGUUGCCAGCCAAGCAGGGUGCCCGGGGGGAGUUCCGCCACAUUGCCAGUCUGCCAGCCCAGCCUGCCAUCCCCCCUGUCCCUCCUCGCUUUCUGACGUCCGGGAACUGGGAUGUCACUGUGCUGUGUGCCCUGGAUGAGGACAAUAGGAAAAUCUACUUCCUCAGCACAGAAGAAUCCAGACAGAGCAGACACCUGUACAGUGCGGACUUUGAAGGGAUCUUCCAACGCCAGUGUCUGACCUGCAACCUUCUAGAUGACUGUAGCUUUUUCAAAGCCGUGUUCAGCCCCAAUCAGACAUAUUUCACACUUUAUUGCCUAGGCCCUGGAGUCCCCAAGGUGACAGUACACAACACGAAGGACCCCUCCAGAUACAUAGUUCUGGAGGACAACACACCUCUCUCUGAGACCCUAGAAGGGAAGAGACUCCCAGAGACUGUCUUCAAGACCCUCGCAGCUGACAACCAUGAUCUACACCUGAAGCUGUCUCUGCCCCAGGGUUAUGAAGCCCACCUUCUCCCUCUACUCAUCAUUGUAGACGGAGUUCCAGGCAGUCAGUCGGUGACGGAGGAGUUUACUAUGGGAUGGCCUGAGGUGCUCGCCAGCACACAUGACAUGGCGUUAGCCUGGGUGGAUGGAAGAAGUGGGGUCGGCCGGGGGCAGAAGAUCAGCAGUGUGGAUCCCCGCAAGCUCAGCUCCCUCAGAGUCAAAGAUCAACUAGGAGUCGUAGAGUGGUUGAUGCAAUUGCCUUACAUUGACGAUCAGCGGAUUGCCCUGUAUGGCAAGGCAUUUGGUGCUUAUUUAUCCCUCAAGAUGCUAGCUGCGACUGAUCAGCUGUUUAAAUGUGCAGCCGCUAUGGCUCCCAUAACAGAUUUCAAACUCUACAGUGCUGCCUUCUCAGAGAGGUAUCUAGGUCUCCCAGCAAAGGAGGAGUACACUUACCUGACGGCAUCUGUAUUGGAAGAUGUUCACAAGCUUAAAGGCGAGAAUUUCCUCUUACUGCAUGGGACUGCAGACGCACGGGUCCACUUCCAGCACAGUGCAGAGCUCCUGAGCCGCUUGGUGAAGGUGGAGGCCAACUACUCCCUGCAGCUGUACCCAGAUGAGGGCCACAUCCUGAAGGAGCGGCGCAGCAUCCAGCAUUCCCAACGGACCUUGGUGCACUACCUCCAGACCUGCCUGAGACACAACCCCCUCCUGGCCUCCAUAGAGGAGCCAGAUGAGGAUGACUGAGUACUCCCACCUCUGGCACUGGAGAAACAUACUGAGAAGUGACGACUACUCAGUCAGACUACUACUAAACACUAGUCUCUUCCCACAGCCACUGACUAGACACAAGACCACGGGAGUGUGGACCAAGAAUAUCAGAUCAUAGCCUACUGUUAUCAGUUCACAGCAACUUUGGAAAUAUACAAUUUCUUCCCACCAUUGUUUGUACUGUUUGAAUUGUGUUGUCCCUGAUUGUUUACACUGUGUGGAUCCAUUAUCCAAGAAGUGACCAUGGCCAGGCCAAAUGUUGAUUCUUCUUAAAGUUUACAAAAUCGCCUGAACAUGCAUGUCGUAAUGGCUGCAUGAAGCGGAGUGGUUUACAAUGCAUUCUUCUAUGUUUCGUUAUCCUGCAUAUCUUAACUUUGCUUAAUUUAUUACAGCUAAAAUCAGCCUGCUACGCUGUUAUGUAACACAUAUAUGGUAUGGACUUAGUGUCACUUUUAAUGUGCCAAAUACAUGGUAUGUUUACAAGUGUAUUCACCAUGCCAAUUCAGAGAUGUAUCCGGACUUAUAGACUGUAUUUUCCAUGCCUCUUGCAUGAUUAUUUUCAACAGUUCCAUGUUGUAUUUGGUAACUUUGGAUGGAUAUAAUAAGAAUGAACAAACCCAACAAAAUAUAAUAUGAAGCACAUUUGUUAGAAGUUUAUUUCAGUAGUUAUGUUUUUGUUUUUUCUUAAAUUAAUUUCCUUUGACAGUCACGCAUACUUUCUUCAUGUGUGCUGCAAAAGUUUAACACCUCACUGAAAAGUAUACAUCUCCCCCAGCAACGUGGACUCCCAAUCAAAGUUGUGGAACAUCUAUGGUGCACUGCAUGUAGUCUGUUUGCAAUUGAAUAGCCAACUUUACAUUUUUCCUUUUUUUUGUUUUACUAAAUCCUUUACGAUAAAGAAUCAAUUCCUUGUUUUACAGAAAUAUUGUUGUGUGUGUUCCAUCACUGGCUGCUUUGGAGAGGAAAGGUGGAGCCUCGGCUAAAGUAUCAGAAUUGAAAUAGUGAAUGAAUAACUGUC